AUGUUGCCGGUUCCUAGCUUGUCGACGCUGGCAACGCUGGCGCUCGGCGCCUCUGCCGUCGUUGCCCGGACUGUGCAGCCGCGCCAGCCCAACAUCGUCUUCAUCCUCACUGACGACCAAGACGAGCAGCUUGGCUCCAUCGACUACAUGCCCUACGUCCAGAAGCAUUUUGUCAAGGAGGGCACUUACUACUGCAAACAUUUCUGCACCAUCGCCAUCUGCUGCCCGUCUCGCGUCAGCUUGUUGACCGGCCAGGCGGCGCACAACACCAACGUUACUUACGUCACCCCUCCCCAUGGCGGCUAUCCCAAGUUUGUGUCCCAGGGCUACAAUGAGAAGUAUCUUCCCGUCUGGCUCCAGGAUGCGGGAUACAACACCUACUACACCGGCAAGCUCUUCAACUCCCACGACGUCGACAACUGGAACAACCCAUUCCCUAAGGGCUGGACCGGCAGCGACUUCCUCCUGGACCCCAACACCUAUCUCUACCUGAACGCCACGUUCCAGAGGAACCAGAGCCCGCCCCAGAGCUUCCCCGGCGAGUACAGCAACGACCUGGUGUCCGACAGGGCGUUGGGGUUCUUGGACGACGCCCUCAAGUACAACGGCAGCAAGCCCUUCUUCCUCGGCGUCGCGCCCAUCGGCCCCCACAACAACGGCCUCGGCGGCGAGACCAGCCCGGGCGCCACACCGCCCAUCCCGGCAAAGAGGCACGAGAACCUCUUCUCCAACGUCACCGUGCCCCGGACGUACAACUUCAACCCCGACAAGCUGUGUGCCCUGCCUCCCUCGCGUGUCUUCCCGGUCCGGGUCGUAUCGAUCGAUGAUCUUCGCUCUAACACGGCGCCCCAACAACAACAGCCCAGCAUGGCCAACUGGGGCCUCAUCAUCCCCCAGCUGAACGCCACCGAGGUGGCCUACGGCGACAACUACUACCGCCGCCGCCUCCAGACGCUGCAGUCCGUCGACGAGAUGGUCGACGCCAUCAUCGACCGCCUCGACCGCGCCGGCGUCCUCGACAACACGUACGUCAUCUUCACCUCGGACAACGGCUUCCACAUCGGCCAGCACCGCCUCAAGCCCGGCAAGACGUGCGCCAUCGAGGAGGACAUCAACGUGCCCUUCCUGAUCCGCGGGCCCGGCGUGCCCAAGGGGAAGACGGUCGACUUCGUCACCACCCACACCGACAUCGCCCCGACCAUCUUCUCCAUCGCCAAUAUCACCCUGCGCGACGACUUUGACGGGUCCCCCAUCCCCUUCUCCGAGGAGGGCAUCGCCAACGCCCAGAACGACCCCAAGCAUGACCAUGUCAACGUCGAGUUCUGGGGCACCCAGCGGGGGUACGACGCCUUUGGGGGUGUUUCCGCCAACAACACGUACAAGGCCAUGCGCGUCCUCGGCGACGGCUACAGCCUAUUCUACUCGGUCUGGUGCAGCAACGAGCGCGAGUUUUACGACAUGAAGAAGGACCCAGGCCAGAUGACCAACCUCGCCGGCAGCGCGUCCGGCCGUCUCCUGGACCGCCCGCUGAGCGCCGUGCAGGACCGCCUCGACACGCUGCUGCUGGUCCUCAAGAGCUGCAAGGCCGAGACCUGCCGGCUUCCCUGGAAGCGCGUCCACCCGGAGGGCGGCGUCGAGAACCUCCGGGACGCGCUCGACGCAAAGUACGACGCCUUCUACGCGGGGCAGCCCAAGAUCUCCUUCUCGGACUGCAAGGACUUUUACGACAUUGCCGCCGAGGGCGCCCAGGACACGCUGGUUUACUACGACCCGAGGCUUGCUACAACGGGAAAGCUUCCUGGUGCUGGGCCCACGGUGGUAUCCGAGGAGCUUUAG